CCACGUAUAAGUGGUGAAACGGGUGGAAAAGACUUCCACCUCGUUCAUCCGAGCGCGGAUUUGAAACUUGCGGCGGCUUUGACAAUACGUGGGGCGUUUGAAUUCCAGGGCCAGAAGUGUAGCGCCACUUCGCGGCUAUAUGCCCCCAAGAGCCGAUGGGAAGAGUUGAAGAAUUAUAUGCUUGGUGUGCACGAACAGCUCAAGAUGGGUCAGCCAGAUGAUUUCAAGAGCUUCAUGUGUGCCGUUAUCGAUGAAACUGCCUUUGAACGGAAUAAAAAGUAUAUAGAUAUUGCCAAAUCGAGUCCAUCAACGUAUUCUGUUAUUGCUGGUGGUGGAUGCUAUAAGACGGAGGGUUGGUUUGUGCAACCAACAAUCAUUGAAUCGAAGGACAGUCAGGCACAGCUCAUGCACGAAGAGAUCUUUGGACCCAUCUUAACGGUGCAUGUGUAUGAUGACAGCAAGCCAGGGUUCUGGUCGGAUGUGUGCGAUGUCGUCAAUCGCACCACAAAGUAUGCACUCACUGGCAGCAUCUUUGCGCAAGAUCGUCAGGCCAUUCGUGAUGCAACAACAAAACAUUUGCGUUACGCCGCGGGGAACUACUAUAUCAAUGACAAAUGUACCGGUGCGGUCGUGGGCCAACAACCUUUUGGUGGUGCUCGUGCGAGUGGUUCAAAUGACAAGCCCGGCAGCCCUCUUUUCCUGACUCGGUGGGUUUCGGCACGUACAAUUAAAGAAAACUUUGACCACAGCACGCAGGUGUCGUAUCCUCACCAAUUGCCAGACCGCUUGUUUGUUUAG